UACACACCUCCCAUUCGGAAUUAUUCACCGAAAGCAGGCGGAGACAACAAGACGUCGCCCGAAGAAUAGAUAAAUAAACCCCAGGGAAAACGCUGAUUUUCGCCAAUCAGCCAGCUAAACAUCGAAGAAAUCCGCAAAUUACCAAGAAAUCUUUAAGCCCCAUAAUGGACUACGAGCCCGUGCCCACGGUGAAAAACGCCAGCCCCUUCGACGCCUCGCAGGACGCCCAGGUGCUGCGGGCGGCGAUGAAGGGAUUCGGCACCGAUGAGCAGGAGAUCAUCGACAUCCUCGCCGGCCGGAGCAACCAGCAGAGGCAAAUGAUCAAGGCUGUCUACGAGGCGGAAUUCGAGCGGGACCUGGUCGACGACCUCAAGGACGAGCUGGGCGGCAAGUUCGAGGACGUGAUCGUGGGCCUGAUGAUGCCGCCGGUGGAGUACCUGUGCAAGCAGCUGCACGCCGCCAUGGCCGGCAUCGGCACCGAGGAGGCGACGCUCGUGGAGAUCCUGUGCACCAAGAGCAACGAGGAGAUGGCCGAGAUUGUGGCUGCCUACGAGGAGCGCUACCAGCGCCCGUUGGCGGAGCAGAUGUGCAGCGAGACGUCCGGUUUCUUCCGCCGCCUGCUUACGUUGAUUGUGACCGGAGUGCGCGACGGUCUGAAGACACCCGUCAAUGCCGACGAGGCCAAGGAGCAGGCCGCCCAGCUGUACUCCGCCGGCGAGGCCAAGCUGGGCACAGACGAGGAGGUCUUCAACCGGAUCAUGUCGCACGCCAGCUUCCCGCAGCUGCGACUCGUCUUCGAGGAGUACAAGGAGCUCUCCGGCCAGACCAUCGAGCAGGCCAUCAAGCACGAGAUGUCCGACGAGCUGCACGAGGCCAUGAUGGCCAUAGUUGAGUGCGUCCAGUCGCCGGCGGCCUUCUUCGCCAACCGCCUGUACAAGGCCAUGAACGGAGCCGGCACCGACGACGCCACCCUCAUCCGGAUCAUCGUCAGUCGCUCCGAGAUCGACCUGGAGACGAUCAAGCAGGAGUUCGAGCGGAUCUACAACCGGACGCUGCACAGCGCCGUGGUGGCGGAGAACUCUGGCGACUACAAGCGGGCCCUGACCGCUCUACUGGGAACCGCCUAAGCCCAAGCGAUUUUUGCAGCUGGUCCGCCCAAUAUUUUAUCCGUAUUAAUAGCCUUACUUGUAGUGUGCCUUUUAGGGAAAUCGCUUUUAAUGUCUGCGCAUGCGCACACCGGUGGCAUUCAAUAAACGCACAUAGCAGCAGUGUUAACCAA